AUGACCUCCAUGUCGAUCGCAACCCCCGCCGUCGGGCUGUCGGCUCAGGGAGCCGUCAGCAAGAAGGUCAACCAGGUCAGCUUCCUCAGCGGCAGCUCCCUCGUCUCCUCCCUCGAGAGCAAGGCCGCUGUCCGCGUGGCUCAGCCUGUUAAGACCUCCGUGCGCGCCAGCGUUGCUGCCGCUGCUCCCAAGAAGAAGGAGCACCGCAAGAACGAGGAGGGAGUUCAGGUUAACCUGUACAAGCCCAAGACGCCUUACACUGGCCGGUGCCUGCUCAACACUAAGAUUGUCGGCGAUGACGCUCCCGGCGAGACCUGGCACAUGGUGUUCAGCACUGAGGGCAAGAUCCCCUACAGAGAAGGUCAAUCCAUCGGCGUUGUUCCCCCCGGUCUUGACAAGAGGGGCAACCCCGAGAAGCUCCGCCUGUACUCCAUCGCCAGCAGUGCCCCCGGUGACUUCGGUGACUACAAGACGGUGUCACUUUGCGUGAAGCGUCUCGUGUACGUCAACGACAAGGGCGAGACUGUCAAGGGUGUCUGCUCAAACUUCCUGUGCGACCUGAAGCCCGGAGAUGAGGUUAAGAUGACUGGCCCAGUCGGCAAGGAGAUGCUCAUGCCCAUUGACCAGAACGCCACCAUCAUCAUGCUUGGAACUGGUACUGGCAUUGCUCCCUUCCGCAGCUUCUUGUGGCGCAUGUUCUUCGAGAAGCACGACGACUACAAGUUCAACGGUCUCGCGUGGCUGUUCCUUGGUGUGCCGACCAGCAGCUCUCUUCUCUACCGCGAGGAGUUUGAGAAGAUGAAGGAGAAGUUCCCCAAGAACUUCCGCUUGGACUUCGCUGUCAGCCGCGAGCAGACCAACGCCAAGGGCGAGAAGAUGUACAUUCAGACACGCAUGGCUGAGUAUGCCAACGAGUUGUGGGGCCUGUUCAAGAAGGAUAACACCUACACCUACAUGUGCGGACUCAAGGGCAUGGAGAAGGGUAUUGAUGACAUCAUGACCUCCCUGGCAGAGAAGGAUGAUCACACAACGUCAGGGAGCGCCCAAGGCGCGCAGCUCGCACGCGAUAGCCGUGGUGGGCGACAAGAUAUCACGCAGCGCGAGAGUGAGCCAAAGGCGCGCAGCUCGCACGCCAUAGCAGUCGUCGGGAACAAGAUGUUUGUGCUCGGUGUUGGGGGAGGGGUGGUUGUGUUAACCUCCCCUCUCCCCACAUUCCCCCAACAUAUCACCCAACACUCCGCAGAUCACCCAGCGCGAGGGAGAGCCCAAGGCGCGCAGCUCGCACCCCAUAGCGGUGGUGGGGAACAGAUGCUUGUGUUUGGAGGGGAGUUUGACCCCCCCCUCCUUCCUAUUCCAUCCCCCCCGAUCACCCAGCGAGAGGGAGAGCCUAAAGCGCGCAGCUCACACGCCAUAGCGGUGGUGGGGAGCAAAAUGUUUGUGUUCGGUGGGGAGUUUGAGCCGCGAGUGCCCAUCGGCAACGACGUGCAUGUGAUGGACCUGACCACCCGGGAGUGGUCCAUUGCUCCCUCUUCUGGUGACAUCCCAUCCCCCCGAAUUGGCAUUACCAUGGUGGCACUGGGGUCAACUCUGUACGUGUUUGGUGGGCGGGACGGUGACAAGAACGAGCUGAGCGACUUUUACUCCUUCGAUACAGUCACGGGGGAGUGGAGGCUGCUGACCACUGGGGAGAAAUCCCCCCCUGGCAG